AUUUCUCCUGCAGAUUAGGCUUUUCUCCAAAGCCUGAGCAUUUUGUUAUAUUCAGAUAGACGAUCAUCGUCCGUCAUGGCUAGCAUCAUUGCACGUGUGGGUAAUAGCUGGCGGCAGAACACACCCUUGCCACCUUGGGCCCAUUCCAUGUUGAUGUCCCUGGGGAGGAGUCUUGGUCCUUUAAGGGUCAGUAUGGCAGAAAGAAACAUGAAGUUGUUCUCGGGGAGAGUGGUGCCAGCCCAAGGGGAAGAAACCUUUGAAAACUGGCUGAUCCAAGUCAAUGGGGCCCUGCCAGAUUGGAAUAUGUCUGAGGAGGAAAAGCUCAAGCGCUUGAUGAAAACCCUGAGGGGCCCGGCUCGGGAGGUCAUGCGUUUGCUGCAGGCAGUCAACCCCAACCUAAGUGUAGCAGAUUUCUUGCGAGCCAUGAAAUUGGUGUUUGGGGAUUCUGAAAGCAGUGUCACUGCCCAUGGUAAAUUUUUUAACACUUUGCAGGCACAAGGGGAGAAAACCUCCCUUUAUGUGAUCCGUUUAGAGAUGCAGCUCCAGAAUGCUAUUCAGGCAGGGAUCAUAGCUGAGAAAGAAACAAAUCAGACUCGCCUGCACCAGCUCCUUUUAGGGGCUGAGCUGAAUGGGGACUCGCGCUUCAGGCUGAAGUAUCUUCUCAGGAUGUAUGCAAAUGAUCCAGAGAGGCUUCCCAAUUUCCUGGAGUCAAUCAAGAUGAUAAGGGAGGAAGAGGAUUGGGAUGACACUUUUAUGAAACGGAAGCGGCCCAAAAGGUCUGAGCUAAUGAUGCAGAGGGCAGCAAGCCCUGUGGCAUUUCAGGGCCCCCAGCCAAUAGCCAUCAGCAGUGCUGAUUGCGAUGUGAUAGAGGUAGAUGAUACCCUCAGUGACUCAGAUGAGAAUGUGAUCCUGGUGGAGUCUCAGAACCCUCCACUUACAUCCAUAGGUGCCCCUCCCCUCAGAGUCAGGGCCAGACUUCAGGAUCAAAUACUGGUCAUUGAUUCCCUAAACAGUUCCCAGGCUCAACCUCCUACCAGUGGUGGUUCUGCAUAUAAGAAUUAUGGUCCUGGGGAUAUACGUAGAGCCAGAAAGAGAAAAUAUACAAUCCGCUGUUCAUACUGUGGUGACGAGGGUCACUCAAAGGAAACCUGUGACAAUGAGAGCAACAAGGCCCAGAUAUUUGAGAAUCUGAUCAUCACCCUUCAGGAGUUGACACAUACAGAAGAAGAGAGGUUAAAAGAGGUCCCUGGUGAAUACAAUGACCUCUCUGAGCCACAGUAAGGUGCUAGACCCAGCCUUAAGUGAACCCUUAACUGUAUUCAGAAACUGGUGAUGGGCAAAACGGGUGGGGAUGGGGGAGGCUUCUAUUGCAUGAAUUAAUCCACAAAGUGGCUUUCUUUGGAGAAGAAGAGGUUAUGGAUACCAGCAAAGUGGAGAGGACAGCCUGACCUCUGUCCCUGCUCCCCCCUCCACCUGCCUAAGGGUCUAUUCUGUGUAUGUGUGUCUAUUUCCUUGAUGACUUUAUUCUUUUUGUGAAAGGAACAGAAGUCAUUGUUAAACCUUCAAAAAAUGAAGAAAAAUACAAAAACUAAAGUACAAAUUACCUUAAACUCUCCAUCCUUGUAUAACAAUUGUCAGUCCUUAGAUGAAUGUCCUUCUAGAUAUUUCCCUAUUCCUGUGUACCAAGAUAGAUAUAUGUAUGGAAAAGUGAUC